ACACUGCAAGUGCAAGAACUAGUAGUGCAAGAAGAGCUCAAGGAGCUAUCAGCUGCAGGUGCAACUCGGUCUGCUUGUGCUGCACGUACUUCGCCAUGAGGCCGGGAGCCGAGUACUUCGCGAGCGCGCCGGCACAGGCGGCGAACGGGACGGCGGCGGCGGCGCCGCACUCCCCGUGGCAGUCGCCGGUGCCGUACCUCUUCGGCGGGCUGGCGGCGAUGCUGGGGCUCAUCGCCUUCGCGCUGCUCAUCCUGGCGUGCUCCUACUGGAAGCUCUCCGGGUACCUCGACGGCGGCUCGGCGUCCGGCCAGGGCGGCUCGACGGCCGGGGAGGCCGAGGGGGAGAAGGGGUCGGCGGCCGGCGCGGCCCGGCCGGCCGUGGGGUUCCGGGAACACGUGGUGGUCAUCAUGGCCGGCGACGAGAGGCCGACGUUCCUCGCCAUGCCGGCGACGAGCCGGCCCGCCGUCGAGCUCGGGGCCAUCCCGGUGGCCAGCUCGUGCGGCGACGGCGGCUGCUCUGAGCAUGGCAAGAAGAUUGACGCGAGCUGUGGAGUGAGCUCGCCGCGGAUGCCGCGGCCGGACGCCGACGCCGACGCCGACGCGGCGAGCCGGCGCCAUGAAAGUAGCAGCAAUACAAGGCAGCAAGAAAGCUCGCAAUAAAAGCUGCCGUUUCUUCUGUUUUCCCUCGUUUUUUGGGUCGAGUGAUCGCCUUUUUUCCCUCCUUUUUUUUUCCUCCUUUGCUGGUGCUAGAUUUUAGCUGGACAGGUAGAUUCUUGACUUGAUUGGUUGGAUGAAAUUAAUGAGCUGCGAAACUUCGCUAGAAGUUUUGCAAGAUGGAAACUAAAACUGCUCUGCAAUCUUGUGUACUCAUAUUUGACAAUGUUCAUAAAACCGGUUAGUUAUAAUUGAUCUGUAAAGUUAGCACAAAGUUAUGAAAUUUGUAUCUAAGCUUGGAAAUAUGGUAGCAUGAUACAACUUACUUCGAGAUUAUGGCAGUUUAAAAAUUCAACAAAUGACUUGUUUUAAUUCAGUUUAGGACA